ACCGAUAGGACCGAUUAACGUCCUCAUUGCUAUUCUGGGCAUUUCGUUGUGUUUGUUUCGUGCUGCUCAAUCAAAAUGAAAACUUUCAAUUUUGCAAUAAUUUUUUCGUGCUUUCUAUUCGUCGUUUCGGAUGGACGUGGACUAAAGUCCGAAGUAAAGCCUUCACUUGGCAGUGUAGCUGCUCAGGAAAGUGAUAAAUUAGAAUUUCCGAAGAAGCCGGUACUUGCCACUUCAUUGGUUAGCGAUGAUUCGAGGCAAAUCAACUCUACCAGUCAUAGCGAAGCAGGAUACACGUUGGUCUCCAUCGCUUUCGUAAAAGAUAACCCCUGUGCAGAAUACGCACACAAGAAAUCCCGAAGGGGCUGUAGCAGUCAGACCGAUGAAGCGAUGGAGUCCAUACUUGAGGGAAUACCAGGCAAGAACCAGCCUACCCUGAAUGGAAAGAAUUCAGGAGAAAUUGAUCAGAAUCUAUCUUGGACAAGUUAAUUAACAACAAAUACAGUUUGAACAGCAAAAAUGCAAACAGCUGCAUUUGUGUCGACUUAUCACCGAUUGUGUCCUGCUUAGGCUGUUUAGACAAUGUUUGAAAAGAUUAUUUAAAUAUCAACUUGGAGACAUUGCUGCAUCUGCCAAUUGCGAAGAAUAUUUAUAAAUUAAUGACAAUUUUACAUACAGUCAAUUAAUUACUUUGUUUCCGGACCAAUUAUCUAAAGUUCAUUUCUAUGUAGGUUUUGCUCUUGAGGUCCAAAGGAAUGUGUCUUCUGAUACCCAGGGUUUAUAUCAUUUGGUUUUACAUAUUUUAUACAUGUUCCAAUGGUUGGUUAUUAUUUGUACUUACUUUGUUUAAUCGCUUUGAUUCUUUUGCAAGGCUAGAUCGUUUAGGACUUUUAAUUAAUUAGUGCCCGGGCAUGUAGAGGAUUGAAUGGGAAAUAACUGUGACUGCAACUGUGCAAACUCUGAACACGUUUUCACUGUCAAAAUAAAACGCAUGAAAGUAA